AUGUCUCCUGCCUUCGUCCUGUCCAGACUCGCAUUGCCCUGUCUCGUUGUCGGGGCCUAUGCACAGAAUUUCAUCGGUCCAGUCGGAGAUUUAUUUGUCACCAAUAAAGUCAUCGCGCCGGAUGGUUAUCCUCGUUCAGCUGUCGUUGUUGACGGCCAAUACCCCGCUCCGUUGAUCAAGGCAAACAAAGGGGACCGCUUCCAAUUCAACGUACACGAUCUGCUUACUGAUAACACUAUGGAGCGUGCUUUGACUAUCCAUUGGCAUGGGUUAUACCAGAAGAAGACCAACUGGGCAGACGGAGUUGCUUUCGUGACACAAUGUCCUCUUGUUCCAGGUGAAUCGUUUCUGUACGAUUUCACUCCCUCAGGACAGGCGGGCACCUUCUGGUACCAUUCUCACUUUUCGGAACAAUACUGCGAUGGAUUGAGAGGUCCAAUGGUAAUAUACGACCCCGACGAUCCCUUCAAAGAUAUGUAUGACGUGGAUGAUGAGAGCACCGUCCUUACUAUCUCCGAUUGGCAACACCUGCCGACAUCCCAACUAGCGGAGUUCCCUCUUAACAUUAGCUCGACCUUAAUCAAUGGCAAGGGAAGAUAUAUCGGUGGACCGCAGGCUGACUUGGCGAUCAUAACGGUUGAGAAGGGAAAGCGGUAUCGCAUGCGUUUGGUAUCCAUAUCCUGCGACCCUAACUUCAUCGUGUGGAUUGAUGGCCACAAUAUGACUGUCAUCGAGGCCGACGGUGUCGAUCACGAGCCGGUGACCGUCGGCUCCCUUCAGAUAUUUGCCGGACAACGCUACUCAUUCAUUCUUGAUGCUAACCAACCGAUCGGCAAUUAUUGGAUAAGAUCGCAGACUGGACCUAAUGUUCCGGGGAUCGUAGGUGUGGAUGGAGGCGUCAACUCCGCCAUCUUGAGAUAUAUCGGAGCGGACGACUUGGAACCUAAUGACACCAAGAGUGUUUACACAAAUCUUCUGAAUGAGACACAGCUUCACCCUCUUGUCAAUCCCGAAGCCCCCGGUAACCCCUGGCCUGGAGGGGCUGACGUGACCAUCAACCUUCCUGCUGAAGUGGUAGGUGUCUUCGCCCUUGGCGGUGAGAUAUACCAGUCUCCCACAAUCCCGAUUCUCCUACAGAUAUUGAACGGCGUACCUCCUCAAAACCUCCUGCCCAACGGGAGUGUUUACACCCUACCCCCUAACAAAGUCAUCGAAGUAUCCUUCCCCAUGAUUAAUUUGCUUGGCUCUCCGCAUCCUAUGCAUCUGCACGGUCACACGUUUUCUGUCAUCCGUAGUGCGGGUACAGGCCCCGACGGCUACAACUUCAAGGUGAGUUUAUCCCGGACUACAUUGAUAUGCAUCACAGGAGACACCACCGGUGACAACGUAACGAUCCGCUUCGUGACGGACAACGCAGGCCCCUGGUUCCUGCAUUGCCACAUUGACUACCAUCUGAACGCCGGGUUCGCGGCCAUAAUGGCUGAAGAUGUGCCCGACGUCCCAGACGUCGACACGCCCGUCCCUCCCGGAUGGGACCUGCUGUGCCCCGCCUACAACGCCUUCGCCGGGCUCGAGCCGUGCAUCGGCAACCAGUGCGCCAAGAACGGCAGCUAUGGACCCAUGGGCCACCGCAGGUUAUAG